AUGAAACUUGCAGAAGUUGUGGUUAAAUCAGGGCAGAGCUUUGAGACGUUGGCACGGAAGUCCUCAGUGCUUUACUUUAAGGUUUUGGCAUCUUCUGCAAAUUCUGGGAUUAUGGGAUGGCGCUCCACAGGCAAAGUUUUUACCUUGUUUUGGCAACUCCUGCACAUUUGUCAGGUUUUUAGUUCUCCAUGUCCCAGAAGUCCCUCCUUUGUCUACGGCCAGGUGAAGUUUCACUCUUCUCAUUUUCAGGCAGCAAAUUUUUACACACUUUCAUUGGGAAACAAGAUACUGAACAGCACCACAGUGUGUGAAGAUGUGAAUGAGUGUGUGUUGAGUUUCAGAGCACCGCAAAUCUCCAAGAAGCUGAAUUUUACCCUGCGAUCCUACAAUCACACAGAACUACUGGACGUUAACACUUUUCAACUUGUUCCUCUUCUCAGCUCCUCUGUGAGUGUGAACGUCUCGUCAACAUCUGCUGUUUUUGGCUGGACAUUACAUGAUGGAAAUACUUUGCAUAUUUGUUUGGAUGAACGGUGUUGGGACCUGUCGCAGUUUCAUUCGCUCCUCCAGGUGACAGGGUUACAACCUGGGCGUCUUUACAAUGUUAGUUUAGAAAAGACAAUACUCAUCCCUCAUCGCCAAAUAACUGUUACACAAAGCCUACGGCUGGCCAUAAAAACAGGUCAGUGUCCAGCAGGUUGGCUUGCCGUGGAGUGGAGCUGUUACAAGGUAAAUCCAGGGUUCCUGUCAUGGGAUGCAGCCCAGCGAGCUUGUGAAAGAUCAGAGACGUCCACACACCUGGCCAACAUAAAGACAGAUGCAGAGUUUCAAUACAUCACAAACUUCCUUGAGUUUUAUAGUCAUCUUCUUCUGUUGUGGACGGCUUUGAAUGACCAACAGGUAGCACACACUGACACACACAGAAGGGUACAUGCAUAA